CACAUAGUAGGUACUAAAUAAAUGCUUGCUUCCGUCUUAAUCUUCUCUUAUCUAUUGAAUCUUUCCCUCCUAUAUUCAAACAUGAUCAAGUUUUCUCCAUUCUUAAAAACUUUCUUUGGGUCCUACUAUUGUCUUGAUCUCACUUCCCUUUCUCAGCCAUAUUUCUUGUUUACACCUGCUUUCUACUUUCUAUACCUUUCUACACCUACACUCUCUUUUCUCUAACUCUCUCGAACUCUUACAGUCUAUUUUCCGACCUCAUCAUUCGACUGAAAUAGUUCUAAAAUUAUCAAUGGUCUCUGGGUUCUCAUCCAACGUAUCUGCUGUGGUGAUCACUCUCUCCCGGACAGUCUCAACUCUUUGGCUUUCUUGACAGUCCCCUCUCUUUUAACUGUACCUUUUCAUCUUUUUCUUCCUUAUCAUCUGUAUCAAGUGCCCGAACAGUGGCUGUUUCCCAGGGUUCUAGGCUCUCUUUUUCUUUCUGUGUAUUCCCUCUCUUGGUAACCUUGUCUGUUUUCCAUGGCUUUAAUGAUCAGGUUGCCAUAUAGAUAUUGGACAUUUCAAACUGCACGUCCCAGAGACAUCUCAAACUCUCAUUAUUUCCUCUUCUUCCCCACAAAUGCACCACCGUCCCCUAAGUCUCCCAGGCAUCUGACUUUAGUCUUUCUAUAUGGUCAAUCAAUAGCCUAAUUUUGCUGUUUCUACCUCCAUAAAAAUCUCUCACAUCCAAGCCAGAAUUAGGUCUACCAACUCCCAGAGCCUAUUGUUAAAUUUUCCAGGUGAGCAUUUACAUCUUGGGAAUCAACAAAUCCUACAAAUUAGAAUUUGAUUUAUUGUUUUGGUGAUUGAAUAGUGUUUUUUUUUUCUUUUCUUUUCUUUUUUUAAGUGAGGAGGAAGUCAUAAAAGUGUAGACCAAACUUAGAAAUUUCUCUUGCUUACUUUUUUUUUUUUUUUGAAGAGGAGAGCUAGUUGUUAAAUAUCAGCAUAUCCCUAUAGCCAGCCUUCCCCUACCCCCCAUCCACACAGCCUAGCCCAGGACUUUAUCACGUCUCACUCUCAGCUGACAGGUCCCCAGUCUCUUCCAACUCCGUUCUUCCCAAAGUGAAUUUCCUUAAACGCAGAUCUGACUAUGUGACUCUAAUUCAACAUAAAGAGGCUCCCCUUUGCCUUUAGGAUAAAAUGUCAAAUUUUUAAACCCCUCAUUUUACAUCAUUCCCUACCCCUCCCUGGCACCACAGUGCGCCCUGUAACCCAGAUACUCUUCAUUACACUUCAUCUCCAUCCUCCGCGCCUUUGCAAUGGCAAAGGACUCAUGUCCGGCCUUACUCUUGCCUCAGAGUUCCCCUCUUUUGCUAAGAUGCAGCUCAAGGCACCAUCUUUUGCCUGAAGCCUUUCCUGACUGGCCCAGCCUCCAGCACCCUCCGUCCCAAGCGAUUUUAUAACUAUAUUGCACACAUUAAUAUUAGUUUCUUGUUUUAGUUGCAUGCAUUUUCACACGUGCUUUUUGACCCGUCCAUCGGAAGGAAAGCUCCUUGGGAGGAAUGAUUGUUUUGUUGUUUGCAGUUGUAUCCAGGCGCCCAGGUCAGUGCCUGGCACACAGCAAGUGCUUAAUAAAUGUUUGUUGCCUGUGUGCUGGAAUAAAGUCGCCAGUCCUCUAAGAACGAAAACACCGACACACUCAGAGACAUGGACACACGUGACAUACACAUUGAUACACAUACACAAAUACACUUCCAGUAUUACGCAUGUGCGAAGGAGGGGGCGGAGCUGCAACGCUCAGGAGGCGGGGCCGACGCGGUCCUCCAGGGCCCCUCUGGCCGUCCCGCUCUCGCUGCUUCUCCGGCUCCGGGGCCGUUCUGUCCCGCUCCUCCGGCGUCUCGCUGGUCGUCGUCGGGUCGGUUUGGCUCCGGGAGGAGGCGGCCUGAUGCUCGCGGGGCCCCUCCUCUGAGUGCCCACCGCCCUAGGGCCCGGCCAUGGCCUCCGCCCGGGGCCACGGCCCCCUGGCGCUGCUGGUGCUGGUGGCGGCCCUGCUGGGGUCCCGGGCCCCCCAGGCGCAGGCCGGUGACUGCAAGGGCCAGAGGCAGGUGCUGCGGGAGGCCCCGGGCUACGUGUCCGACGGGGCGGGAAAUUACAGCGUCAACGGCAACUGCGAGUGGCUCAUCGAGGCCCCCAGCCCCCGACACCGCAUCCUCCUGGACUUCCUGUUCUUGGACACCGAGUGCACCUACGACUACCUCUUUGUGUACGACGGGGACUCGCCCCGGGGCCCCCUGCUAGCCAGCCUCAGCGGCAGCACCCGGCCCCCGCGCAUCGAGGCCGCCUCGGGCAAGAUGCUGCUCCAUCUCUUCUCCGACGCCAACUACAACCUGCUGGGCUUCAACGCCUCGUUCUCCUUCUCUCUGUGCCCCGGGGGCUGUUCGGGCCGGGGCCUGUGCGAGCCCUCGGGCCAGUGCGCCUGCGAGCCGGGCUGGGGAGGCCCUGCCUGCGCCCGCCAGGACUGCUCCUCCUACUGCCGCGAGCACGGCACCUGUGCCUCGGAGGCGGGCCCCUGCCGCUGUGAGCCGGGCUUCCUGGGCCGGGCCUGCGACCUGCGGCUGUGGGAGAACCAGGGGGCCGGCUGGUGGCACAACGUGAGCGCCGAGGAUGCUGCCUUCCCGGCCCGCGUCGGGGCCGCGGGCGCCUUCCUCUCGCCUCCGGGGCUGCUCGCCGUCUUUGGAGGUCAGGACCUGAACUCGGCCUUGGGCGACCUCGUUCUGUACAACUUCUCCUCCAACGCCUGGGAGCGGUGGGACCUCAGCCCCGGCCCGGCUGCCCGUCAUUCCCACGUGGCCGUGGCCUGGGCUGGCUCCCUAGUGCUCAUGGGAGGAGAGCUGGCCGACGGCUCUCUGACCAGUGACGUGUGGGCCUUCAGCCCGCGGGCUGGGGGCCACUGGGAGCUGCUGGCCCCCCCCUCUUCAGGGCCCCCAGGGCCCCCAGGCCUGGCCGGACAUGCUGCCGCCCUGGUGGACGACUCCUGGCUCUACAUCUUUGGGGGCCGAACACAGCAUGACCUCUUCUCUUCGGGCCUCUUCCGCUUCCGCCUAGAGGGCCCUGGGGGGGGCCGGGGCCAAUGGGAAGAGGUGUGGCCGGCAGGCGGCCGGCCCCCCGCCGCCACGGGCCAUUCCAUGAUCUUCCACCCGCCAUCCCGGGCCCUGCUCGUCUACGGGGGCCACAGGCCUUCCACGGCCCGGUUUUCCAUACGAGUGAACUCCACUGAGCUCUUCCACGUGGACCUGCGGGUGUGGACCUCCCUGCGUGGCCGGGACGGUCAGCGCGGGCCCCGGGAGCGGGCCUUCCACACGGCCAGUGUCCUCGGCAACUACAUGGUGGUUUACGGUGGCAACGUGCACACUCACUACCAGGAGGAGAAGUGCUACGAGGACGGCAUCUUCUUCUACCACCUUGGCUGCCAUCAGUGGGUGUCCGGAGCUGAGCUGGCCCCUCCCGGGACCCCCGAAGGCCGGGCGGCACCCCCGGGGGGCCGGUACUCCCACGUGGCGGCUGUGCUGGGGGGCAGCGUCCUGCUGGUGGCCGGUGGGUACAGCGGGCGGCCCCGAGGGGAUCUGAUGGCCUACAAGGUGCCCCCCUUUGUGUUCCAGGCGCCGGCCCCUGAUUACCACCUGGACUACUGCUCCAUGUACACGGAACACAGCGUCUGUGCCAGGGACCCGGAGUGCAGCUGGUGCCAAGGAGCCUGCCAGGCCGCCCCGCCCCCGGGGAGCCCCCCUGGAGCCUGCCCGGCGGCUGGCUGCCUGGGUCUGGCCCGCCUUCUGGGCGACUGCCAGGCCUGCCUGGCCUUCAGCGCCGCCGUCCCUCCGCCUCGUGGGCCCGGCGCCCUGGGCUGGUGCGUCCACAACGAGAGCUGCCUCCCCCGGCCCGAGCAGGCCCGAUGCCGAGGGGAGCAGAUUUCGGGCACCGUGGGCUGGUGGGGAGCGGCCCCCGUCUUUGUCACGACUCUCGAUGCCUGUGUUACCCAGAGUUUCCUGCCCGGCCUGCACCUGCUCACCUUCCAGCAGCCCCCCAACGCCUCCCAGCCUGACAAGGUGUCCAUCGUCCGUAGCACAACCAUCACUCUAUCGCAGUCGUCCAACACGGAGACCGACGUGUCCCUUGUUUACCGGGGCUUCAUCCACCCGCUGCUGCCCGGGGGGCCGGGGGGCUCCGGGGCCGACGACGUCAUCGUGUGGGCCCGGGCCCAGCGGCUGAGGGUCCUGGCCCGGAUGGCCCGGGGGCCCGAUAGCCAGCACAUGGAGGAGGUGGGGCGCUGGGUGGCCCAGCAGGAUAAGGAGAUCCGGAGGCUCCAGCGCCCCGGCUCGGCCCGCCUCUUCCCCCUGCCUGGCCGGGGCCACAAGUACGCCGUGGAGAUCCAGGGCCAGCUCAACAGCUCGGCAGGCUCCGGGAACAGCGAGCUCACGCUGCUGUGGGACAGGACCGGCGUGCCCGGGGGCAGCGAGAUCUCCUUCUUCUUCCUGGAGCCCUUCCGCUCGUCGGCCUGCACCGCCUACACCUCCUGCCUGGGCUGCCUGGCCGACCAGGGCUGCGGCUGGUGCCCGCUCAGCUCCUCCUGCCUCCUUCGCCAGGACGGCGCCCGCUGCAGCGGCGGGGGGGCCCUGCUGGUGUUGGCCCCGGCCCUGUGCCCGCUCUGCGAGGAGCACCGGGACUGCCACGCCUGCGCCCAGGAUCCUUUCUGCGAGUGGCAGCAGAGCCUGAGCCGCAAGGGCGACGCCACGUGCAGCCGCCGGGGCCGGGCCGGGUCGGCCGUCAGGAGCCCCUCCAGCUGCCCCCCGCUCUGUAACCAGCGCCACUCUUGCGAGACGUGCCUGGCCAACUCCAGCCAGUGCGCCUGGUGCCAGUCCACGCAGACCUGCUUCCUCUUCGCUGCCUACCUCGCCCGCUACCCCCAUGGGGGCUGCCGGGGCUGGGACGACAGCGUCCACUCGGAGCCGCGGUGCAUGAGCUGUGCCCGUUUCCUCUCCUGCCACGAUUGCCUGCAGAGCCACGAGUGCGGCUGGUGCAGCAACGAGGACAACCCCACCCUGGGCAGGUGCCUCCCGGGAGACUUCUCAGGCCCCAUGGGAGGCGGCCCCUGCUCCCUCGGAGCUGGGGAGGGGCUGCCUCCGGGGCUUCCCGCCCGCUGGUCGUAUGCCCAGUGCCCAGACGUGGAUGAGUGCCGCCUGGGCCUGGCACGGUGCCACCCCCUGGCUUCCUGCCUGAACACGCCAGUCAGCUAUGAAUGUCAUUGUGGGCAUGGCUACCAUGGUGAUGGGGUCACCCACUGCAACCAGACGUGCCUGGAGGACUGCGGCCACGGCACGUGCAGCGGCCCCCCCGACUUCACCUGCGUGUGCGACCUGGGCUGGACCUCGGACCCGCCCCUGCCCACGCCCGCCCCGGGGCCCCCGGCCCCGCUCUGCUCCCGAGACUGUGGCUGUAACUUCCACAGCUCCUGCUCCAGCCAGGGCCCCGGCAUCUGUGACCAGUGUCAGGACUGGACCUGGGGCGAGCGGUGCGAGCAGUGCCGGCCGGGCAGCUUUGGCAAUGCCACGGGGCCUGGAGGCUGCCAGCCCUGUCAGUGCAACGGGCACGGGGACCCCCUGCAGGGCCAUUGCGACGGCCACACGGGACUCUGCUUCUGCCAGGACCACACUGAGGGAGCCCACUGUGAGCUCUGCGCUGCCGGCUACUAUGGGGACCCUCGGGCCGGGGGCUCUUGUUUCCGGGAGUGUGGGGGCAGAGCCCUGCUCACCAACGUGUCGUCCGUGGCCCUGGGCUCCCGCCGGGCAGGGGGACCCCCUCAGGCGGGCGGUCAGGCUGGGCCCGGGCUGGCCUACUGCGUGUGGGUGGUGUCGGCCUCUGAGACCUUGGAGCCCUGCCCUCCUGGGGUCCCCUGCCCCCCGCUGACCCUCACCUUCUCCCCAGACAGCAGCACCCCGUGCACGCUGAGCUACGUCCUGGCCUUCGAUGGGUUUCCCCGGUUCCUGGACACGGGCGUCGUGCAGUCUGACCGCAGCCUCAUCGCAGCUUUCUGUGGCCAGAGGCGGGACCGGCCGCUCACGGUGCAGGCGCUCUCGGGGCUGCUGGUCCUGCACUGGGAAGCCAACGGCUCCUCGUCGUGGGGUUUCAACGCCUCCGUGGGCUCCGGCCGCUGCGAGAUGGGGCCGGGGGGGCCCGGGAGCUGCCCGGCUCCCCAGGAGUGUGUCCCGGAGGAAGCAGGAGGAGCCGGGGUCGGCCGCUGCCGCUGCCCCCCGGGCUGGGCCGGCCCCGCCUGCACCCUCGCCCUGUGCCCCGGGAACUGCUCGGCCCACAGCGGAGGGGGCAUCUGCAACCAGAGCCUAGGAUUGUGCGUGUGCGUCGAAGGAUUCGGGGGAGCGGACUGCGCCACGCGCCUGGAUGGGGGGCGGCUGGUCUGGGAGACGCUCCUGGAUAGCCGGCUCUCUGCUGACACGGCGAGCCGCUUCCUGCACCGUCUGGGCCACACCAUGGUGGAGGGGCCUGACUCUACCCUGUGGAUGUUCGGGGGUCUGGGCCUGCCGCAGGGGCUGUUGGGAAACCUGUACAGGUACUCGGUGGGGGAACGGCGCUGGACCCAGAUGCUGGCUGGCUCCGAGGAUGGGGGCCCCGGGCCUGCGCCCCGCUCGUUCCAUGCGGCCGCCUACGUGCCGGCCGGCCGGGGCGCCAUGUACUUGCUGGGGGGGCUCACGGCGGCGGGGGUCGCCCGGGACUUCUGGGUCCUCAACCUCACCACCUUGCAGUGGCGCCAGGAGAAGACCCCGCAGGCCCUGCUGCUCCCCGCGGUGGCCGGCCACACGCUGACCUCCCGGCGAGGCUUGUCCCUGCUGCUCGUCGGGGGAUAUUCGCCCGAGAACGGUUUCAACCAGCAGCUCCUGGAGUAUCAGCUGACGACGGGCACUUGGCUGGCCGGGCCCUCGAGCGGGACGCCGCCCACUGGCCUUUACGGUCACUCGGCGGUCUAUCACGAGGCCACGGACUCGCUGUACGUCUUCGGCGGCUUCCGCUUCCACGUCGAGCUGGCUGCCCCAUCCCCGGAGCUCUACUCCUUGCACUGCCCUGACCGCACCUGGAGCCUGCUGGCCCCUUCCCAGGGGGCAAAGCCCAGGCCCCGGCUCUUCCACGCGGCGGCCCUGCUUGGGGACACCAUGGUGGUCCUGGGGGGUCGCUCAGAGCCGGACGAGUUCAGCAGCGACGUCCUGUUGUACCAGGUCAACUGCAACGCGUGGCUGCUGCCCAACCUGACCCGUCCAGCCUCCGUGGGCCCCCCGAUGGAGGAGUCGGUGGCCCACGCCGUGGCAGCCGUGGGGGGCCGAGUCUACAUCUCUGGGGGUUUUGGGGGGGUGGCCCUUGGGCGGCUGCUGUCCCUGAGCUUGCCCUCGGACCCCUGCCACCUGGUGCACUCCCCCGAGGCCUGCAAUGGCUCAGGUGCCUGCAGCUGGUGCCAUGGAGCGUGCCUGUCAGGAGACCAGGCUCACAGGCUGGGCUGCAGCAGCCCCUCGUGCUCCCCCAUGCCCCGUACGUCUGAGGAGUGUCGUCGCCUGCGCACCUGCAGCGAGUGCCUCGCCCGCCACCCCCGCACCCUGAGGCUGGGGGAAGGGGAGGAGGCCGCCCCGCCGCGCUGCAAGUGGUGCACCAACUGUCCCGAGGGCGCCUGCAUCGGCCGCAACGGCUCCUGCACCUCGGAGAACGACUGCCGCAUCAACCAGCGCGAGGUGUUCUGGGCCGGCAACUGCUCCGAGGCCGCAUGCGGGGCGGCCGACUGCGAGCAGUGCACGCAGGAGGGCAAGUGCAUGUGGACGCGGCAGUUCAAGCGCACUGGGGAGACGCGGCGCAUCCUCUCGGUGCAGCCCACCUACGACUGGACCUGCUUCAGCCACUCCCUGCUCAACGUGUCGCCCAUGCCCGUGGAGUCCUCGCCCCCCAUGCCCUGCCCGACGCCCUGCCACCGGCUCCCCAACUGCUCCUCCUGCCUCGACUCCAAGGGAGCGGACGGGGGCUGGCAGCACUGUGUCUGGAGCAGCAGCCUCCAGCAGUGUCUGAGCCCGUCUUUCCUACCUCUGCGCUGCCUGGCGGGGGGCUGCGGGCGUCUGCUGCGAGGGGCAGAGAGCUGCUCCCUGGGCUGCGGCAACGCCCCUCAAUGCGCCCUCUGCCUUCGACGCCCGCACUGCGGCUGGUGUGCCAGGGGAGACCCCGGCCAGGAUGGGGCAGGCCUCUGUAUGGAGGGGGGCCUCAGCGGGCCCCGGAAUGGCCUGACGUGUGGACACGGAGAUCCCGGGGCUACCUGGGCCUUCCUGUCUUGUCCUCCCGAGAACGAGUGUGUCAAUGGACACCACGACUGUAACGAGACCCAGAACUGCCACGACCGGCCUCAUGGCUACGAGUGUACCUGCAAGACCGGAUACACCAUGGACCACGUGCGGGGCCAGUGCCGCCCGGUCUGCGCCCAGGGCUGCGUGAAUGGCUCCUGCGUGGAGCCCGACCACUGUCUCUGCCACUUCGGGUUCGUCGGCCGUAACUGUUCGACUGAGUGUCGUUGCAACAGGCACAGUAACUGUGACGGUGUGGGGGCCCGGGACCGCUGCCUUGAGUGUCACAACAACACUGCGGGUCCCCACUGCGAACGUUGUCGGCCACUGUUCGUGGGCUCCGCCUUGGGAGGUGGGACCUGCCGCCCCUGCCGAGCUUUCUGCAGAGGGAACAGUGACAUCUGCGUCUCGGAAAAGGAGCUGGAAAUGGCCCGGGAUGACCCGGAGAACUAUUCCCUGGAUCCUGAGGAGAUUGAGAAAUGGGUGUCCGAGGGGCCGAGCGAGGAUGAGGCCGUGUGCGUGAAUUGUCAGAACAACAGCUACGGGGACAAGUGCCAGCGCUGCCUGGAAGGGUACUUUCUCCUGGACGGCCGGUGCACCAAGUGCCAGUGUAACGGCCACGCGGAUACCUGUAACGAGGACGGCACGGGCUGCCCCUGCCAGAAUAAUACAGAGACGGGCACCUGCCAGGGGAGCUCCCCCAACGACCGCCGGGACUGCUACAAGUACCAGUGCGCCAAGUGCCGCGAGUCCUUCCACGGGAGCCCCCUCGGGGGCCAGCAGUGUUACCGGCUGAUCUCGGUGGAGCAGGAGUGCUGCCUGGACCCCACCUCGCAGACCAACUGUUUCCACGAGCCCAAGCGCCGGGCCCUGGGCCCCGGGCGGACCGUGCUCUUUGGGGUCCAGCCGAAAUUCACCAACGUGGACAUCCGCCUGACGCUGGACGUGACCUUCGGUGCCGUCGACCUCUACGUCUCCACGUCCUACGACACCUUUGUGGUGCGCGUGGACCCGGACACCGGGGUCCACUCCGUGCACAUCCAGCCCCCUCCGCCGGCCCCCCCACCCGUGGCUGCAGAGGCUGGGCUGCGGGUGGGCGAGGUGGGUGCCGGGGGGCCGGGGCCGCCCCCCGAGCCCCGGGUGCGGGAGGUGCGCCCCCGGGGGCUCAUUACCUACGUGACAGUGAUGGAGCCCGCGGCAGUGCUGGUGGUGCGCGGGGUGCGGGACCGGCUGGUCAUCACCUACCCCCACGAGCAGCACGCCCUCAAGUCGAGCCGCUUCUACUUGCUCCUGCUGGGUGUCGGCGACCCCUCGGCUCCCGGCGCCAACGGCUCCGCGGACUCCCAGGGCCUGCUCUUCUUCCGCCAAGACCAGGCGCACAUCGACCUCUUCGUCUUCUUCUCCGUCUUCUUCUCCUGCUUCUUCCUCUUCCUGUCCCUCUGCGUCCUGCUCUGGAAGGCCAAGCAGGCCCUGGAUCAGCGGCGGGAGCAGCGGCGGCACCUGCAGGAGAUGACCAAGAUGGCCAGCCGCCCUUUCGCCAAGGUCACGGUCUGCUUCCCGCCGGAGCCGGCCGUCACCGUCCCCUGGAAGACGAGCGGCGUGGGCCUCCCCGCCCCCGCCUUCCGCCGCUCGGAGCCUUUCCUGGCCCCGCUGCUGCUGACCGGGGGCGGGGGGCCGUGGGGCGCCGGCAGCGGGGGCUGCUGCCCCGUGGCGCUGCGGGCCGGGCCCAUCACCCUGGAGCCCACCGAGGACGGCAUGGCCGGCGUGGCCACGCUCCUGCUGCAGCUGCCCGGCGGCAUCUACACCCCUAACCGGGCCUGCCUGGGCUCGGCCCUGGUCACCCUGCGGCACCGGCUGCAGGAGUACUGCGGAGGGGGCGCCGGACCCGGGGCCAGCGGGCAUGGUGCGGGGGGCGGCAGGAAGGGACUGCUGACUCACGACAACCUCACCAGCAUGUCGCUCUGAGGGCCCGGGGGUGGAGAGGGCCGCCCGUUCCUGGUCCCUGCCCCUCCGCCCCCCACACUCCCAAACCACCCCUCGCCUCAGAGUCCCCCACGGGGCCAGGCUCUCGGACUCUGCUUUUCCUGGACCCCCAGCGGGCUCAUCUGGUCAGGGGACACCCUCCCUAUGGACCCUCUUCUGGGCCGUGGACUGUGCCCAUGUCUGGCCUCUCUGUGGAAUCGUUCCCCCUGGACUCUGGGCCGGGUUUCUUCUCUCAAGGCAGCCCCCCUAUUGCUCCCUCACCUCAAGCCCCUCCUUUCUGGGCCUGGAGCCCCUCGUCCACAAAUAGUGUGGACUCCGGACCCGUGGUCUCCCCAGGGACCCCCCCAGGCGGCCGCUUCCUGACACUGGACUGUCUCGACUUCCUUAGGAGCCCCUCGGCUUCCUGGAUGUCACAGUAUUUCAGGUGUGGACACGUAGUCCAGCUUGUACCCGAAGCCCCCGCGCCCCGCGGUGCGGAGAACCUCACUACCUCCCGAGGCAGGCCGUUCCAGGUGGAGGCUGCCCUCGUCGCUGGCAGGAUUUUCCUGAAGUCAGGCCUCAGUUCGCCCCUUUGUGUCUCCACCCGUUGCUCCCAGCCCGCUCUGGCUCAGAGGGACCAGUCUUGUCCUCCUCUUGCAUGGCAGCCCCUCAGCUACAUCAGCGCCCGUGUGUGUCCCCUGCACAGUGGUCAUCUCCAAGGCAGCCCCACACCGCCCGCUCGGCCCCCGGGCCCUGCAUCCCGGGCGGUCUCCCGGAACUUUUCCCCUUGGGGCUGGAAGAGCUGUGGGAGCUCCGGUCACAGCACUGACUCCCACCAGGCUUGGUGGCCCGGGGCCCUCCACUUGCUGGUAAUGUUUCUGAAGCCCAAGGCCAGCCACCUGAGGCCACUGGGGCUGCCUCCGCCCGCAGUGAAGAAUCCCUCCCUGAUCAUUCUCGGGGUUCCGUGAGGGUCGCCGAUGCUUUUACCCAUCAUCACUAAUUCAGCCCAGGGCCGCUGCUCUCCAGGCCAGAAGCCUGCGUCUCUGUGGGGAGCAGCUUCCUCGGCCGCCACUCCUGGCUAGAUUCCCGGCCAGCCGACCUGCUUCUUCUCCGGGGGACCUUCUGAUCCAGGGAUGGGUCAGUGACGGGAACCCCCCGCCCCCAGCAGUCUCGGCUCAGAGGCCGGAUGGCCGAUUAUCGGCAGUGUGAGAGGGAAUUGCUCAAUAGCCUUGGAAGCCCCUUCCAUGAUCAAUAACUUUUCCAGCCCACCCCCACCCCCCAGCGGCCCAAGUAGCAGCCAAGGUGGCGCUUGUAAAGCACUUAGCCCAAUGCCUGGCACAUAGUAGGUGCUACAGAAAUGCUGCCGCCGUCUCUUCCCAACCAAUGAUGUUGAUGAAAUCCAGACCCUCUCUGAUCGGUAGUGAAGCAUCUCGGUCCCUGGUUCUUUAACUCGGCACUCCAGUUUUCUCCCCCAAGUCCUCCUGGGGUUUUCCUUUCUAUUCGUCCCCACUCUGGUUUCGGAACCCCUCAGCCUUCCCCUCCAGGGCUUUGGAGGCCGUUCCCUCUAGCUUGCUGCCUGCCCCUGCUCCUCCCAAGUUAGAGAACCUGGACAGCCUCUUGUGGGUAGGGAGGUGCUCGCUGGGCUGCCGUGUAUGGGAGGAGGAAACCUAAAAUUGCCAAAUAAAACAUUGCCAGGGGA